UUUGUAUUUUUAUGUUUACCAUUUAACGUUUUUCCUUCCUCAAUGGUUAGUUUCUAACUGAUCGUUCAUCAUGAAGGAAGUCGGGAUCUGUAGAGUCAAUAAGGAAUUCAUAAGCAUGGAAGAAGGACUUGUCGAGAAUGGGAAAACUUCAUGCAUGAAAUAUAUUGAAACGAACAAUACUUUAAAACGAAUAAUAGAAUGCGUGAAAUUAAUUCUCUUAUUGGAAAUAUUGUUCUGCAUUGGAUGGGGUUGUUACACAAUGUGGGAAAAUUGUCAUAUCGAAUCGAUGGAAGUCAACGCCAUAAAUAAUAUUCCAAAAACAGAAUUGGAAAAUCUAUUUAGUUUUACGCGUGAUAAAUAUAUAAUAAACGAGACUGAACAACUCAAUAAAUCGAACGAUAUUUCAACGAAAAAUAUCUUAAAACUGACGGAAAUUUCAAACAUCGAUAACGAAACCGAUGCGAAUAUCAAUGCAGCGGAAGAUAAUUUGCAAAACGUGGAAGAUGGCUUAUUGGUAAUAAAUAACGAUAAGAAGAGCGUAUUAGAAGAUGAAUCUUUCGUUGCGAUCGAGAAUGAUAAUUUAAAUUCAACGGAAAAGGAAUUUAAAGAAAAUUUAAAAAUCGACGAAUCGACAAAAUAUGAUAAAGAUUCAUCGGAUUCGUGGACGUACGAAUCGUCGGAAAGAAGCGAGAAAGAAAUACGACACGACGCACAAAGGAAUUUAGAAAUUUAUUCGAUUUUCUCGUUGAUCUUUGAAAAUGCUAUGAGAAAUAUAUCGGUCUCGGACAAUUCUACUACCGAGGACAAUCACAAGUUGCAAGAUUUUAAGGUAUCUAUCGAAUGGUUGAACAAAGAAUUUACAGACGAAAAUAGAGAAAUUUUUACAUCGGAAUCGCACAUGGAUGUUGAUAAUACGGGAGAAAAGUCGGAAGAAAGGAUAAUUUUCGUCGAAAAUCCUAACGAUAACAAAGAUGUAAAUCAAAACGAAACGAACGAUGAAUGGGAUCGACAACAAAUAGUUUCCGAUAUAAUGGAAAGCGACUAUGAUGAUACGAACGAAGAAAAAAAUAGUUCGGAUAGUAUAAAUAUUUCAGAUUUAUCCAAUUAUCAUAUAUAUCUUCCGGAUUAUAUAUAUAAUAUAUAUUAGAUUAUCAACACGUAAAAAAGAUUUUCACCGAGAUUUAAAUAUUCCCUUGUAAAAAAGAUAGAUGAUUUCGAUUGAGAACACCUAGAAAUAUUCUUAUUACGUCUGUAUAAAUAAAGACCAUAUGGAGAUACAUCUGGACGACAAAGAAGAAAAAUACGACCGUUAAACAUCGUACUUGGUGUAUGUAAAUACGAAAAGAUGAAUUUAAUUAUAAAUAUAUAACUUUAAAAUUAUCGAGAAUACAUAAAGCAGUGAGCAAUAAAUAUGAAAUGAAGAAAGAAUAACUUGUACGGUUAUUAUUAUUGUAUGUAUUUACGACUAUACUGCGAAUGAAAUCUUUUUUCAUUUGUAACGAAGAAUCAUCUUUCCGAUGAAAAAUUAUUUCCGUUAAAAAAUUUCUAUAAGAUACAGGCGAUAUUUUUAUGCCAUGUAUUUUUCUAUUAUACGCAUACGUUAUUAAGAAUUAUUAUAUAUCGUGUUGUAAAAAAAUGAUUACGAUUUUAAGGAAUCAUUGAUAAAAAAAUAAAACGAUAGGUACAAUUAAAAGAACAUCAAAAAAGAUUUGAAAAAAGCGAUCGAAUAUUAACUUAUUUCCAUUCGUAUUUUAUAAUUGAUCAUGUAAUUCAAAUAAUUUAUUAUAUGCACAAUAAAAUAUUGUAAAAAAAAAAA